AUGCAUCCGCCUAUGAAAUCUAGUGGAUUGGCUUCUGUUGUCAGGCGAACACUUGAAAAAUCAAUUGACGUCGUAGACAAAAUAAGUGAUUAUUCAGAUGUUAGAAAAUAUCGAAGUAACCUGGAUUUAGCAACACGUUCGACUACUGAUCUAAUUCGUUCUUCAAGUAUGGCAACAUUCCAACCUUGUAAUUAUUUCAAACUGUGUCUCGAAUUCAUGCUAUCUGUGGGAUAUUCAAAAAAGCUUUUCAAUAGAAAACAUAAUCGAUGUUAUUGUGAAAAAUGUUAUUCAGCUAAUAGCAAGAACUUUUAUAUAGAGGGAGGUUCCCAAUAUGUUAUUCCACGUGGUUGGGUCCGUUUCGGAUUGUAUAUUGAUGAUGCACAAGCAGAAGCUGAAAAUAUAUGGAACACAUGGAUUGUAAGCUACCAUGGUACAAGUCCUCAAGCAGCAAAGUCCAUCAUUGAACAUCAUCAAUUUCUUCUUCCUGGAGACAAAUGUAUUGAUGGACAUGUCAUUCGAAUAGGCGAAGGUCAUAUUCCGAACAAAUUUGAAGUAUAUACAUCUCCCACUAUCGCAUAUUCAGCCGAUAAUAUCUACAGUCCAUCUGUUUCAUUUCGUUCAACUUCAGGGCAAUCCUACAGAGCUAAAGUAGUGCUUCAAUGUCGUCAACAACCUGGAACAUAUAAGAUUCAAGCUGAAACUAUUCGUGCCGGUAGUAGACGUAUAUGUCCCAUUAUUCCUAACAGUAAAAUAGAAUACUUUACAGAAGUACGAGCAUCUAUCAUACCAUAUGGAUUGCUUAUUCGUAUUUUUCAAUAA